CAUUCAUCUUUCAUCAUCAACGUGAUCGUGAUGGAGCGUCUGCAGAGUUUUAACUAACUGUUUUCUUUGAUUUUGGAAGUUGUUUUUAAGUAUCCAAAAUACCACCAAAUUGUUUUGCUGCUCUUUUCUGAUGAAUUGAAAAAUAUUAUUCUCUCAAGAACUGUUUAGGGGUCAUUUUAAAUUAACAAUUUAAAUGGCUAAUCCAGAUAUUCCAACUCCCCUAACCUCUUUAGGAGCUGGUGCGAUCGCUGGUUUAAUUGUUGAUGUUACUUUGUUCCCAUUGGAUACUUUGAAAACGAGAAUCCAAAGUGAACAAGGGUUUUGGAAGGCUGGAGGUUUUAAGCAGAUUUAUAAAGGUUUAGGACCGACUGCAGCAGGGUCUGCACCCUGUGCUUCGAUUUUCUUCCUGACUUACAAUGAGUCUAAGGGUUGGUUCUCCCCGUAUUUCUAUGGUGCUUGGAGCCCCGUGUGUCAUGUGGCGAGUGCUUCUGUUGCCGAACUGGUGGUAAACCUAGUGAAGGUGCCAGUGGAGGUGGUCAAGCAGAGACGCCAGACGUCCGGUACUCGGCCACUCUCCAUCAUCCGUCACGCAGUGCAGACUGAGGGUCUGCCGGGACUGUACCGGGGCUUUCUUAGUACUAUCAUACGUGACAUUCCAUUCUCCGUAAUCCAGUUCCCUAUCUGGGAGGCAAUCAAGGUGUAUCUACACUCUGCAACUGGCCACACCACCACACCAGUCGAGGGUGCCUUUAGUGGUGCCGUAGCAGGGGCUAUAGCUGGGGCCAUCACAACACCCCUAGACCUGGCCAAGACUCGUAUUAUGUUAGCUAAAGAUCCUUCCACCACCAUGGGCUCAGUACUGCAGCAGAUAUAUAGGACCAAGGGUGUCCAAGGACUCUUUGCUGGCUUUGUUCCUAGAACAGUUUUCAUCUUCCUUGGAGGUGGGGUUUUCUUCGGGUGUUACGAGUUUGCUAAAGACUUUGUGGAGACUUUAAGUAGUGGUGUUAGAUGAUAAAACCCUCUGCCGUAGUAGUUUUUUAAAACAAAUAAGCACAAUUGUUAUAGUUCCUUUACAUAAUAGAUUAUUAAUUAACGCAAGUUAUUGUAGACUGGACCACUGGUAACAUUUUCUUAAAGGCACAAUUUUGCUCCAUGAUAUCAAAUAUCAAAUAGAAAAAAAAGUGAUACUCACAAAAGAACAAUUUAAUAAAAUUACUUUUUUUCUCUUGAGCCAAAUUUAUGAUAGUGCCUAAACUGUCAUUGUCGUAGUGUUACAAUUUGUUAUACUGUUCAUAGUUUAUUUUGUAAUUUGUCUUUUAUUUUCUGUUUUACAUGUAAAUACCUUGCUGACAAAUUUACUAUAAAAAAAUAGUAAUUUUUGUUAUUUGUUGUUUUAUGUAGGUCUACAUAAUUGAUUCUAGUCAUAACUUUAAAGUCACGAAUCAUGUUAUUAAAAAUACAAACUCUUUAUUAAAUAGUGCUAAGUAUUAAUAAAAUACUUAAAUAAACGGUAUCAGCAUUCUGACACAUACUUUCUCUCAUAAGUUUGUAAACAACCUUUAUCAUGUGUAAGCGGUGA